ACCCUCGCGGAGCUCCUACAGGCUGGCCUGGGCCCCCGCAGCAGAGUGAGGCCCGCGCUAAGGAUGAGACGGGUUUAGCCUUCAGCUUCCCAGUGUCUUGCCAUCACUGUCACCUAUGCAGUCGCCUAGGCCGCUGCAGCUUCUGGGCUGAUGGAUGACUCAGACUGUGUGAAGACUGCUCACCUUCGCAGAUACCCCAGUAGGUGGCUGCAUGACAAUGUCUUCCAUUAAAAUUGAGUGUGUCUUGCCUGAGCACUGCCGGUGCGGUGAGUCUCCAGUAUGGGAGGAAGCGUCCAACUCUCUGCUCUUCGUAGACAUUCCUGCAAAACGAGUUUGCCAGUGGGAUUCACUCACCAAGCAAGUGCAGCGAGUGACGAUGGAUGCCCCAGUCAGCUCAGUGGCUCUUCGCCAGUCAGGAGGCUAUGUCGUCACCAUUGGAACAAAGUUCUGUGCUUUGAACUGGAAAAAUCAAUCAGUAGUAGUCUUGGCCUCCGUGGAUCAAGAUAAGAAGAACAAUCGAUUUAAUGAUGGAAAAGUGGAUCCUGCUGGGAGAUAUUUUGCUGGCACCAUGGCUGAGGAAACCGCCCCAGCAGUUCUUGAGCGACACCAGGGGGCGCUCUAUUCCCUCUUUCCUGACCACCAUGUAAAGAAGUACUUUGACCAGGUAGACAUCUCCAAUGGUUUGGAUUGGUCCAUGGACCACAAAAUCUUCUAUUACAUCGACAGCCUAUCCUACUCCGUGGAUGCCUUUGACUAUGACCUGCAGACAGGAAAAAUCUCAAACCGCAGAAGUGUUUACAAGCUGGAGAAAGAUGAGCAAAUCCCAGACGGAAUGUGUAUUGAUACUGAGGGGAAGCUGUGGGUGGCCUGUUACAAUGGAGGAAGAGUGAUUCGUUUAGAUCCUGUGACAGGGAAAAGACUCCAAACUGUGAAGUUGCCUGUUGAUAAAACAACUUCAUGCUGCUUCGGAGGGAAGGAUUACUCUGAAAUGUAUGUGACCUGUGCCCGGGAUGGAAUAGACCCUCAAGGUCUUUUGAAGCAACCUGAAGCUGGAGGGAUUUUCAAGAUAACUGGCCUGGGGGUCAAAGGAAUUGCCCCCUAUCCCUAUGCAGGCUGAGGGACAGGUCUUCUUUCCUGCUGCAGGAAGCUUUGAAGACAACUGGAGAAUUCAGGAGCUGAAAUUUCAAUCUAGUUAUAAAAAUGAAGCAAUGAUAUUAUUAACUGGAUUAAUUUUAAUGUAUAAUUUGGGAGGUGCUGGAGAUUGAACCCAGGGCUUACCACAUGCUAAGCAUUUGCUCCACCAUGGAGCUACAACCCCAGCCUCAUUAAUUUAUAAUUUUUCAAAGGCAAGCUGGGCAUGGUGGAGCACGCCUGUAGUGCCAGCACUCGGGAGGUAGAGGCAGGAGGAUUGCUGCAAUUUCGAGGCCAGCCUGGGCCACAUAGUGAGUUCAGGGCCAGCCUGAACUAUGUAGUGAGACCCUGCCUCAAAAAAAAUUUUUUUUUCAAAAGCAGAGAAUUUUUAACAGAGGAUGACAGGUGGUUUUGAUAAUACACUAUAAGGCCUUCUAUAAAAAGGUCUGUAGAGCUGGGCAUGGUGGUGCACGCCUGUAAUCCCAGCACUUGGGAGGCUGAGGCAGGAGGAUUAUGGUGAGUUUGAGGCCAGCCUGGGCUACACAGUGAGUUCAAGGCCAGCCUGAACUACAUAGUGAGACCCUGUCUCAAAAAACAAAAACAAAAACAGGUCUAUAGAAAGGCGAAAGGUUGUUCAACUGUCUCCCAGCCUUUUGAUUCUUUGGAAAUUGCUCAGAGGGGUUGGAAAGGGACCAUACCUGUUCCUUAUUCUGCAUUCUAUACUUACUAUAUACCUAAAUCUUCAAAAAACUAAUAAAUAGGGGGCUGGGGAUUUAGCUCAUUGGUUCUGCCACCUGCCUCGCAAGCGAAAGGUCCCUAAUUUGAUCCCCAGUACCAAAAGAAACCAAACUAAUAAAUAGGAACUUAGUAAUGAAUUACUACAAUUAUGUUCCCUUUUGUUUUCAUUUUAAUCUUAUAAAGUAUACCGUGAUGCUAAUAUAUCUUGUUAUUACUCUU